AUGCAGCCAUCUGAAAUGGUCAUGAACCCCAAACAAGUCUUCCUCUCUGUGCUGAUAUUUGGAGUUGCAGGGCUGCUCCUCUUCAUGUACUUGCAAGUCUGGAUUGAAGAACAACAUAAAGGGAGAGUGGAGAAGAAAAGAGAGCAAAAAGCAACUUCAGGAUGGGGUCCAGUAAGUUAUUUGAGGCCUGCACCGAGAAUCAUGACUAGAGGAAAAACCCAGAAACCUAUCAUCAACCAGAACCCCAAGUUCCAUAUGCUUGAGGAUCCAAAGGAAAAAUUUCCAGUCAACUCUGAGAUGCCUACAGGAAUCUUAACGGAGAUCCACCUCUCACAAAAAGAGGAUCAAGUUUUGGGUAAGACCACAAGGUCAUCGGCAAGUAAAUUGAUUGCAAAACAACAAAGAACUAAGAACUUUUUCAGGAAGUUCAGUGAAAUGAAUUGGCCAUUGGAAAAUAGGCCUCUGAAUAAAAGUUUAGUCAAAGACCACAAAUGGAAGAACACUGAUGUGACCCAAGAAAAACGCAGAUCUUUCCUUCAGGAGUUUUGCAAAAAAUACAGUGGGGUGAGUCGUCCCCAGUCACAUCUUUUUCAUAUGGUCUCCAGGAUCUAUGUAGAAGAUAAACACAAGAUCUUAUACUGUGAAGUACCAAAGGCUGGCUGUUCUAACUGGAAAAGAAUUCUGAUGGUACUAAAUGGAUUGGCCUCCUCUGCAUACAACAUCUCCCAUGAUGCUGUCCACUAUGGAAAGCAUUUGAAAAAGCUAGAUAGCUUUGACUUAAAAGGGAUAUAUAUGCGCUUAGAUACCUAUACCAAAGCUGUGUUUGUUCGUGAUCCCAUAGAAAGAUUAGUGUCAGCAUUUAGGGACAAAUUUGAACACCCCAAUAGUUAUUACCAUCCAGUAUUUGGGAAGGCAAUUAUAAAGAAAUAUCGGCCAAAUGCCUGUGAAGAAGCAUUAAACAAUGGAUCUGGAGUCAAAUUCAAAGAGUUCAUCCACUAUUUGCUGGAUUCCCACCGACCCGUAGGAAUGGACAUUCACUGGGAAAAGGUCAGCAAACUCUGCUAUCCAUGUUUGAUCAAUUAUGAUUUCGUAGGAAAAUUUGAAACUUUGGAAGAAGAUGCCAAUUACUUUCUACAGCUGGUUGGUGCUCCAAAAGAGCUGAAAUUUCCAAACUUUAAGGAUAGGCACUCUUCUGAUGAAAGAACCAAUGUCCAAGUUGUGAGACAGUAUUUAAAGGAUCUCACCAGAACUGAGAGGCAAUUAAUCUAUGAUUUUUAUUACUUAGACUAUUUGAUGUUUAAUUAUACAAUGCCAUUUUUGUAGUUUGCAUUCAUUUUCUAAAACUAUGUAUUUACUUGAUGAUGGUCUCAGAUCAGCUACUGUAAUUUUUCUGUAAUUCUCUGUGUAAGAGAUAUUCAACUGCAGUUAUCUUAAUUUAAUGAUUUUACCAAAUAAUAUGACACCAAUUGACACAAAUGUAUAGAAAAAUCACCUAAAAGGGGCAUAUAAACAAUUUCAGUUGCUCUAAAAUGUUUGGAAAAGAGCUGCUUUUGCAUUAUGGGUUGGUUAUAUUGUAGAAGCAAUAACCUAGACAGCUGUUAGAUUAGCUAAGACAGCCUCUUGCAGUGGUAGGAAAAGGGACCUAAAAUAGCAUGAGUGUAUGUGUGUAUCCAGGAAUUCAUUGUCUAAAGUGCAUGAAUAUAUGUUUAACAGUGUAUGGAAUAUUAAUCAAACUACUGAAUAUGUUUCUAACACCCUGGAAAUUUAUCAACUGUAAUGAUAAAUCGAU